CAGUAUUCUUUUUUUAUACCAUUCCACUUGCAAUGUCACUCAAGUUCAUUACCCAAAAAGUCGCCCAGGCAAUUGACGAAGACCUCAUGUCAGCAGCUGGUGGAUUCUCGGUUGACCAACUUAUGGAACUAGCUGGAUUAAGUGUAGCGCAAGCCGUCCAAAAGACUUACCCGACUCAAAAGCAUCCACGUGUACUUAUUUGCUGUGGUCCCGGAAACAAUGGUGGAGAUGGUCUUGUUGCUGCUCGCCAUUUGUUCCAUUUCGGCUAUAAGCCUAGUAUCUACUAUCCAAAGCAGAGCAAAAAUGAUCUGUAUAAGCGUCUUGUCACCCAAUGCAACAACCUGAAUAUUCCAUUUGUAGAGAAGGCGUCGCCUAAAGAAAGCGAUAUCAUUGUUGACGCAAUCUUUGGCUUCAGUUUCUCUGGCGAUGUGCGCGACCCUUUCAAGGAAGUGGUUCGUGAUCUCAAGGAAACUCAUGUUCCCAUUGUAGCCGUUGAUAUUCCAUCAGGAUGGGAUGUGGAAAAAGGCGACCCAGAAAAUCAAUUUUUCUCUCCUGACACCUUAGUGUCUUUGACAGCACCCAAGUUAUGUGCACAGGCGUUCAAAGGGCGUCACUUCAUUGGUGGGCGAUUCGUUCCUCCAAGCUUGGCCGAAAAAUUCGACUUGAAGAUACCAAAGUAUCCUGAAGGGGAUCAAGUCGUGCAAGUUCAAUAGCAACCAUUGUGUCAUAAGCUGUGAUGGGAAAAAUGUUGACGGAUUAUGGUCAAACAUAUAAAUCCUCUGACAUUCAAAGGAACCCAAAAUUGAAGACAAAACCACUUUGGAUUUAUUACAAGACGAUGAGAAAAUAAAAAACAAAAAAGGUACUAGUAAAUGGCAGUGUUGAACGUGAUAUAUC